AAAAAAUCAUAAAAAAACCCAACAAAAUUGCAUCCAGAUUAGCUUAAGCCCAACGAACCUGAAAAUACUCCCCUCCAAAUCCAAUUUAUCAUCUCAUCUCCCCCGUAAUAUUUUACGUUUCCCGCCUUAUCAAAACAUCAAAAAUUUCAAUUUGUUACAAUACUCGAAACUCAAUGAAGCAUAUAGCAUAAGAAAACAUCAAACACAAACCCUAGCCAAAAUCCUCAAAAAUGUCUACGUGGCAGAUUUUUUCUCAUGCCGGAACAAGUUUUCGCUGGGAGGCUUCCCCUCCUAUCGUACCGAUUAAGCCUGCCGAUGACCCGAACGGAGCUCCGGUUCCUCCACUCCCAUCCAUGGCCGAUCUCCUGCUUCAAGGAUGUUCGAAGCUUAUUGAGAAUGGAGAUGGAGAAUUUGAGAAAUAUCCGAUGUUCAGAACCGGAUUGGGGAAAUCGGUGGCAUUGAAAGAAUCUUCAAUUGCAAAAGCAUUAUCUAUCCUCGCCAACGACGACGCUGCCUCUACUGUUACUUCAAGCAAACUGAUUCCAGUGAACAAUGGCUGCGGUAACUCUCUUUUUCAAACGGGCUCUGGGAAAAUGGUUAACAUAUCUUCAGCUGGUCUGGUCAGAGCUAAGACAUUUUUGGGACUUGAACAAGAUAAUGAGAAUCACAAUUUUGAAGGUUUUCAACAUCCAAGGAGGUUACCUGCAACUAAUGAACCUUAUGACUGCCAAAGGUUUUCUCAUUCAGGGAAGAAAGAAGAUUUGCAAAAUUAUGGGGUUAUGGAUGUUACAUCAGAACCAAGGCACAUGUUAAACUCUAGGAAUCGUUUACUAGGAGGUGAACUAGGCAGUGAAAAUGACUCAACUCCAAUGCAUUCCAAAAUGUUUGAUUCAGUUCCCAAACCACCUCCAAUCAAGUUUCAUACUGCAGGUGGAAGAUCAUUGUCAGUUUCAAGUGAUGCAUUGAAGCGUGCAAGGAGUCUUCUUGGUGACCCAGAGCUAGGAAAUUUCUUCGGUGAAAUGGAUCAAGAGGUUCCACCAUUUACAGUUUACAAGGAGGAAAAUUUUAAUGAUGCUUCAUUAAACAAGGAAAACUGUUUCUUUACUUCAUUUCCAGUAAGUAAAGACACAUCCAAGGAUUUCACAUCCCCACUGAAAUCAUCUUUCAAGCAAACAAGGUCCAUAUUCAAUUCAGAAAAUUUAAGUUUUGGGAGUAAUUUGAUUGAAAAAUUUGAUGCAGUUGAAAGUUCUAGUGCAUGUGCAUCGGCCAUCAAUAUGCCUUCUCCACAGAAUGCUUUGAAAUCAAUCAAUAGGCUUUCUGAGAAAAAUUUUGCAACUAACAAUUCUUUGCCUAGCGGUUCUGGUUCACAGACUAAUUUGCCUAGAAGGUCAUUUGGUGGGCCAUUGGUUGAUAUUUCAAAUAACAUUGCUACAUCUCAAACAAAUAACAAACAGGUUAUGAAUGAAAAGAGGAGAAUUGGAAGAUCAAGUUUUGUUUCUCCCUUCAAAAGACCCCGCUGUUCCAAGAUCUCUGCUCCAUUGAAUAAUGAUGUUUCCUUGGUAGCAAAUGAUGAUCAUACAUGUUGCAAAAGAACAGUUUCCACUAAAUAUCCUUUUCAAGUACCAAGAGUAUAUAUAAAGGAAUAUUUUGCUGUGCCUCCUUCAGCCUGCAGCACGUUGAAGUGUUUCCCAAUCAAAGGUAAACAGAUCACACCAGCGAAUGCUUACGAGUAUUUGUUUAAAGAUGAAACUAGCUUAUGUCGAAUUGGGGCAGAAACUUUUUAUGACAUGUUGUCUCAUUCUGGAGCUUCUGUGCAACACGUUUCUAAAGAGUGGGUCGCAAAUCAUUAUAAGUGGAUUGUUUGGAAACUUGCAUGCUAUGAGAGGUGCUAUCCUUCCAAAUGUGCUGGAAAAUUUUUGACGGUCUCCAAUGUACUUGAGGAAUUAAAGUACAGAUAUGAGAGGGAAGUCAAUCAUGGUCAGCGUUCUGCAAUAAAGAAAAUACUUGAAGGGGAUGCUUCGCCUUCUAAAAUGUUGGUGCUAUGUGUUUCAACAAUUCAAUCAAAUUCUGAACCAAAUAUGGAGACCAACCUAGAGAUAACAAAUGGAACUCAUAAUAGUGGCAAUGCAAAAGUGGAACUAACAGAUGGGUGGUACUCUAUAAAUGCUAUUUUGGAUGUAUUGCUAUCAAAGCAGCUUGCUGUUGGAAAAUUGUUUGUGGGACAGAAGCUCCGGAUCUGGGGAGCAGGACUUUGUGGCUGGGUUGGGCCAGUUUCACCCCUUGAGGCGUCCAGUGCAAUUAGUUUAGCUUUGAACCUGAACGGGACGUGUAGAGCUCACUGGGCUGAUCGACUUGGAUUUUGUAAAGGUUUUCGUAUUCCUAUGGCAUUUAGGUGUAUCAAGGGUGACGGGGGUCCAGUCCCUUUGACUUUAGUUGGAGUCACUCGGAUAUACCCUGUUCUCUACAGGGAAAGGUUGAGAAAUGGGGGAUCAAUUGUUAGAUCUGAGAGGAUGGAGAGUAGAAUGGUGCAAAAGCACAAUCAAAGGUGCUCAGUUCUGGUAGAUCAUGUUAUAUCUGAGUAUCAAAGAGGGGUCAAUAGUUCUCAUAUCCAUAAUGACAGUGAGAGUGAAGGAGCGAAAAUCUUAAGGAUUCUUGAGACAUCUGCUGAGCCAGAAGUCCUUAUGGCAGAAAUGAGCCCGGAGCAACUAACUUCCUUUGCUACAUAUAAAUCAAAACUUGAGGCUACUAGGCAGUUAGAGAUGGAGAAAUCAAUUGAGAAAGCUCUGGCGGAGGCUGGAUUAAAUGAGCGAGAUGUUGUUCCAUUCAUGAGGGUUAGAGUUGUUGGAUUAAUUAAUAGGAAUUAUCAUGGAAAGGGAAGACCUAAAGAAGGAAUAAUAACCAUUUGGAAUCCAACAGAAAAGCAGGAAUGUGAGCUGGUUGAGGGACAGGCAUAUGUCGUUUCUGGACUUAUACCAAUGAACUCAGAUUCGGAAAUCCUUUACUUACAAGCCCGAGGAUCUACCAACAAAUGGCAGCCCCUAUCUCCCCUGGCAAUGGAAAGUUUUGAGGCAUUUUUCUGCCCACGAAAGUCGAUGAAGUUGUCAAAUUUAGGUGAAAUUUCUCUUUCCAGUGAGUUUGACAUUGCUGCAUAUGUUGUGUAUGUGGGAGAAGUCUAUACAGCUUCUCAUCAGAAGAAACAGUGGGUGUUUGUGACAGAUGAUUCCAUUUCCGAUUUACAGUCAGAUUCUUUACUUGCCAUCAGUUUUUGCUCACCAUCCAUUGAUGAUGACUCGUUUGCACCAAUCAACCCUAACCUAGUGGGAUCCAUGGUAGGCUUCUGUAACCUUAUCAAGAAACCAAAGGAUCAAAUGAAUCAUCUCUGGGUUGCUGAAGCAACAGAAAAUUCUACAUAUUAUUUAAAUUUUAAACCCUCAAUUUCUCACCUCCAAAGUGCCGGCGCUUCUGUUCAGGCAUGGGCAAAGGCCUCUAGCUCGAUUAUUGACGAACUCCGGAAGAAGGUUUUAUUUGUAAUUGGCAAUUGUGAAGGCUAGCAUGUGAAAAAGCUGAUUUGGCCUGACCAACAGUACAUUGUUUUAACACCCCCCUGAGAAGUCUGAAAGGUGUGAAUGAAUGCAGUUAAAAUUGGAGAUAGAACAAUCCUUUGCCAGAGUUGGGAUUCAGUCCUUGGCUUUUGAGUUGGAAUGAUGUAGGGAUUUGGGUGGAAGGGGCAAGUGUUUUAUUAGGUAAAAAUCCAGUGGGGAACGAAUUGUGCUAAUAACUUUUUGUAAGUAAAUAUUAUAAGCUGGGUAUCUGCUAAUUUUCUUAUUUAACACAUAGGAUGAACGUAUAUUCUGUUUUCCAUUUCUCCACUCCCAUCGUUAGUUUUAGGCUUUUAGCUGCCAAAAUUAAAAUUUUUGAUAUAAAGAGAGAAUUUAUUUUGUUGAAA